GUGCACAGAUUGGAGUCUCUUGGGUCAUAGUUUGCUCAGGAUUCGAGUGUGGAGGCGUAACAGUCCAUUGGUCUUGCAUGACUACGUGCUCUCUUGUCUGGGGGCAAAACUACCACGAGCAUUUGCUGUCUCUCAGACGCACACCCGUGGCAACACUGGGUGAAGGCCCUUUGUGGAGGCCUUUGAAGCUGGGCACUGUAGCCUGGGACAUACAAAGUGAGCACUUGAAACGAACCUUUGAUCUUGACCAGAGCCGUUUCAGCAAACGAAAGGGAUGAAGUCUUGUGCACACCUUGUCUCUCUACUCCUAGUCUUGGCAGAUGGCACACUUUUCACCAAUGCCAAAGAAUGCAACCAAAGUGAAAACAUGCUGGUACCAGGGCACUGGUACCAGUACGAGUUUCACAUCAAAGCGGAAGCAGCAUCUGUGGGCAGCACUGACGAUGUCAGCGAAAUGAACUUGGCAUGCCAGAUCAAACUCUCCCACAUUGGCACCUGCAAGUAUGUGUUCGAGGUUCAGGAAUGUGCGUUCUCAUCUGGAGGUGGCCCUGCUGGUGACAAGGAGCUGUGGACAGAGCGCGAUGACCUCUCGGAGAUGACAAAGUUCCCUGUUGUAAUGUCGCUCUCUGACGGUGUGGUGACUGGACUGGAAGUUUCGCCCUCUGAGUCAGAACACAUACUCAACAUCAAGCGUGCCCUGAUUUCAGCCUUUGUAUUAAAGAAGUCGCAUAUGAGAGAAGGAGCCGAGACAUCGCGUGUGGACAUUCACGGAACCUGUCCUUGGAAGAUGUGGCCUGGCACUGAGCCAGGGAUGGCACACAGCUCCAAAGACAUGCUUUACUGUGCCUACCCCGAGAGGCCUGAUUGGAACCUGAGUCCUUGGGCCUUCGUGUGGAACUUGCAUUUCAUUCAGUACCUGAUAAAUUCCACAGUUGACUGCACCUACCGUGCUUCCGCGCAUGGUGACCACUUGGAGUCUCUUAGCUGCCAUGAGAGGCAUGCCAUCAAACUGGAAUCCACACACGACACCACAACAGCCGUCCAAACCAAUGUCUUCUACAAUAUGUUGCUGAAGUCUCGGGGAGCCACUGAAGCAUCAUCCAACGACCUCGGUGACCUCCUUGACUUGGUACCAGCAGGAAUCGCUUUCAAGCACCUUCCCACGCCAGACCCAACACAAGCAAGACUUCAUGAAAGUGAGAAGGCGAGACUGGAAAGUGCGGCACGCAACAAGCUGGCUGAGCUCGUCUCUACGGCCGAAACAGAUGUCAGGCUGUUUACAAUUCCGCUCUUCCAUGAGUUCAUUGAACUCUUGAGGGAAAUGGACAAUCUGCUCGACUUUGUCGACUCUGUUGCCAACUGUGACCACAGGCCAGAUGAUGCUGAUGUUGGUGAAAACUUGUGCACAGAGAAGUGGAAGAUGCUGGCAAUGUCCUUCCUGAAAGAUGCCCUGAUACAGAGCAACACAGUGCCGACACUGCAUGCGUUCCGUCAUCUCGUGACCCACGGCCACGUGAGCCAGGCCUACCUGCCACUCGCAUUCCACUGCUGGAGUUUUUUGCGCAACAAUGACACACGCUACCUGGAAGAAGUCUUUGAAAUCUGCAAGUCAACUGAGCACCGGAUGUGUUGGCUUCUCUUGGGACGUAUGGUACGAAAGUAUCACACCAACAAUGAAGACAAGAAUGCAGUGCUGCCUGUGUUCGACGCCAUCUUCAAACACAUUACUGCUUUUCUCGGCAGAAACUGUGAUAUCAGCACAGCAUCUUAUCCACCCCUGUACACCAAGCCACAGAAGAUAAACCACCUUAUCAUGAUGCUGAAGGCCCUGAAGAAUGCGGGUGCCAUAGCCCAGAUUGCCAGCCGUGAUUUGGAAGAAACACUGAUGGGCUGUGCUCAAAACCGAGAGUUGCCCAUUCCAGUCGCUGUGUUUGCAAUCGAGGCUAUGCACGACUUUUGGCCAACGUACGACGCUUUGUCGUCAGCGAAAAGCCUGCUUGGGGACCGCACGAGGCCUUGGGAGCUGCGCAUAGCAGUGUACAAGUUCCUGACCAGGGAGCCGGACCGCUGGAAGUUUGGCAAGGCAGUCAGCAAUGCACUGGAUGGCGAGCCGCAUCACUCAGAGUUGGUGGACUACGUCGUGUCAGACUUUCUCGACUCUCUUCCUGCAGAAAUAAAGGCAGCAUUGGAGGAACGCAAGUUUGACACCGACAGCGUCAUCCCCGGAGAAAGGUUCUACACCUCUGAGAGUCACGAUGGCAGUGACAAAAUUCGCAAGUCAAACCGCCGAACGCUUGAGAGGCACAUCAGGUUGCCUUUCUUGCCAGCUGAGCUGAGCGACUUUGCUGUGAAGAUUGGCUCUGAAGAAGUGUACGGCGGCUGGCGAAACCUUCUCUCGGACCUCUCCAGAAAUGUCAGCUUGCAGCUGUUUGGCACCGAGUUUCAUUUUGCUGACAUCACUGUUUUCCUCAAAGAGAUAGAGCAGUUUGUGCUUGGCACUGCAAAGCUCAAAGACGGCCAGUGGCGCGCCGACUGGGAGGCCUUCUUCGACCUUCUUCUGCCGAAAGGGGGCGCUACCAGACUGAAGCAGCCACUGAGGCAUUUUCCAAAGCUCCAGGAGGGAUUGAAAAAGAUCCUGGAUGCCAUGCCACCGGUCGGGCGAAUGUCACUGACACCUGUCGUGGAUUUGAGCAUGUUUGGCACAGACCUGACGUUCUCAAGCUACGGCGAAAUCAUUGCAGCCUUCAUCAGUGCAUUCAUGCCACCCGAGCCCUUGCACGAGCUGUUGAGACAACCUCGGUCAUUCAACAUUAUGCGCACCAUUCGUGUAAUCGAGGGCUACCACCAGGUGCCAACCAUGCUGGGUUUGUCACUCAAUUGGACUACCAGUGCUACCCUGGUGACUUCAUUGAGAACCGAGGCACAUCAGGCCAGCCCGAGCAGUCUUGCUUUCAAAGUGCAUCCCAGUGGAGCGCUGACCUUCCUGAAUCGCAUGGUGCUCGAUUUCCCGACGAAGACGCGAAUGGGAGUCCAGGCCAACAGCUCUGCCUACACAACUACUCAACUCAAUGCCUUGUUGAAUCUGCAGCAGCACUCCGCCCACAUUGAGGUUGAAAUUCCAAGCAAGGAGCAGAAGAUCCUUCAGCUCAUACGCACUAAUCAGAUGAUCAAGCAUGACCGCAUUGAAGAAAUGGGCGACUGGAAUGUUCAGCGUGUCAACGUUGAUUGGUGCACCGGUGACGGUCUUGGGCAUGCCACGGGCUUGCAGUUUUGUCACGACCGAUCAUAUGUCAAUGUCACUCACCUGAUGAGACCAUGGUUCCUCAUGGCUGCACCCGCAAGCUGGCAAUUUGUACUGAAGCCAUACAGCAAAGAUAUAACAGCGCUUGCAGUCACUGCAGUACUUCCAUCAAAACACAACAAACUCAAGAUUGAGGUCAUCACAAAAGCCACGGUGCCAAAAAAUCUGCUGAUAUAUCAGACUAAAGCUGAUGGUGGGUUUGAGCUUGUCGUUCCUGACAUGCCUUUCCUGAAGGCAGCCAUGAAGAAAAGAAAUUCUGACAUUCAAGAUGGAAGCAGUGCAGUUGUGACAGAAUAUGUCCUUGGAUAUGCACCGGGGCAGCAUCUUGUCCUCAUCUAUGAGGACCGGUCCAAGCAAGAGCAGCGGCAGAAGCCAACCAAGGAGGCCAACCGCAUCCCCAGUGGACAGAGGGUGACUGUUAGUGUGAGACAGAGAUCACUGAACGUGCAAACCAACUCCAACACCUAUGGGCUUUCUUGGACUGUGAACACACAGUCAUCCGGAGUCAAGCAGGAGCUGAGAUUCAAUUUCGAAAGGGGACCAGACGGCAGCGUGGCCUGGCUGAGGGAGCUGCUAGCAGACGAGUUUUUCACUGAGGAUGGUUCUGGUGGCUGGGUUCAUGUUCUCCUUCAUUGGAAGGUGCCUACCACCCUUGGAAAACAUAAGGUGGUGAAAUCCUCGCACAGUCACGUGUCGACUCCUAAGACAUCACUUGACCUCACAACUUACUUCCUCGAGUCCAGGUCACGGCACCUCCUCCAAGUGAACCUCACCAAACUGGAAAAGGCAACACGGAGGCUCCUGGCCUUUGCCAACUACACCCAGGAGCACUGGAUGCACAUGAAAGGCGACUUGACAAAGCGCAAUGCCCUCUACAACCUCACCAUUUCUCACCACUCCUGGGCUCUCAAGUUCGAGGAAGAAUCUCGGAAGAGCUCAGCGGAAGUCAAGGGACAGCUCACGCUACUCAUCGAGAAAAUGCAAAGGCGUCAAUCCGAUUGGGAAUUCUUUAGUACAUGGUGGCAUCCCAGCACCAGCCAUCUUUUUGAGGCCAAACAUGGGAAGACCAAACUUUUGUGGUUAACGAGACCUGUCCACAGAGGGGGCUCCAAGAAAGGUUUGCACGCAACAGCACUGGAGGCUACAUUGCAACACCAUGCUGCAGACGAAGAGCCUUUUGCGCUGGAGCUUAACGGAAAUCUGACACUGAUGCCUUCUGGCGUGGAGGUGGGCUGGCUGCUGGGUUCACCCAACAGUGACCUCAAGUGGGAGGUGUACUCAAAGUAUGCUGGGCCGACGGCAGAAGGUGGCAGCCUUCCCUCCGAGGUCACCUAUCUCUCCACCAUCCACCGGAGGGACAAGCCAUUCGGUGCAUACAGGCUGCAGGUGAGAAGUUCCAUGGAGCCAUGUCUGACGUGGGAACUCAGGCACAACAUCACCUCGGAGCCAUGGUUGUACACGUCGAAUGUCACCUACGCUUGCGACCCGCUGACGUAUGGAACAGAUGUGGCCAAGUCACACAUGAACGUCACAGUUUUCUCAAAAUCGCCGAUUUGGGAACUACUGAAUAUGGACCUGAACCAGGUCUUCGAGCUUGGCACAUCUGGCUACGAAUCUAUGAAUUUGACAUCUGCCUUUGGUAAAGUGGUUGUGACUGGUCAAUGGGAUGAGCACUCUUUGGUGAAAGAGUCGAGGUUUACUGACAAGAGCUCAAACUGGAUUCCAUUGGAAACAGUUUACAAUGAAGAGAAGGACAACUGGAUCUUUGACGUGAAGUUGACACCUCGCAAGGCAUCCACGGCAUUCAAGAUGAUGAAACUUUCCAAACGGUCUAGGCGAAGCGGUGCAGCCAUAUUUUAUGAUGCCAGAAUCAUCAACAAGCGUCAGGACUCGGACCCACAGGCCCAGGAGCUGAAUGUAUUCCAGGCAGUAGUUGUGCCCCGCAAUUCGGAGAAGGCAGUUCGAGCUCUGGCAAACGAGGCUGUGAUUAAGGAGCUGCUCGAAGUCACGGCAGCAUACACGAACGUGGUCAUUGCCUCCCUCUACAACCCGAGGCACCCUUUCAACCUGAUAGUCUACCAACUGACAGGAGCUACUGCUGGAGAGAUUUUUGACACAGAGAGAGAGAAGGUACACAGCAUGCUUGCAGAAUCAUGGAAGAUGUCGCACCAAGUGCUGGGAACAUUCCACGCCAUUUACGAUCCUGUCAUCUACAGCAGCUCUGCGUUGGUCAGGAAAGCAGCUAUGGGUUUGGGUGCAACACACGAAGCCUUUAAGCAAACAAUUCCUGGCUGGGCCUUCUACUACUUCAACCUUGACAGGGUGCUCAAUUACACUGCCCAUCACAUACCCGAGCUGUCAGCACAGCUGGCCACGAUCUACUUUACGCGGCCAGCCAGAAUACCUGGAAUGGUGGAAUUUUCUGCCGACAUGCCGUCCCUUCCUUCGUAUGGCAGUGUUGAACAUCUGGUCAGGAAUCUCCUACGGAACCAGCGGCCAGAAUCGUGGUCGCUGCCUCGACUCGAGAAAGGCCAGAAGGUGGCAGCCAUCUUCGGCAGUGGGCACGUGGUGACCUUUGACGGCGUGUUCCUCGAGUUCCCCAGCUACCCAGCUUCGUACUGCACAUACCUUCUCGCGCACGAUGUUGGCGGUCGCCAGUUUACGCUGACAACCAGUGCCGAUGACCUGCUGAUCGACUUUCCGGAGGUUGCCCUCACAAUUUCGGGACAGGAAGGCAGAGUGCUUGUGAAUGGAAGCGAUGCGCUCAUUCAUCUUCCUCUUGUGCUUGGAUCGGGGCAAGUGGAUGUGUACCGGGAGGGUCACCUAGUGAGAGUUCGAGGACAUGGCUUGACCGUUUAUUGCGAUGCCACCAAGUUCUUCUGCACAUUCGUUUUGGACCAGUUUCACCAUGGCAACCUUCUUGGCACACUUGGCAAUGCAGAUGGCAAUGCUGGCAAUGAAUAUGAGCUUCCCAAUGGGCAAGUCGCCAAGGACGCCGCGCAGCUUGCCGCCGGCUACGAAAUGAGUGGCUAUGCGGAGUGCAGGGCACUGCUCAACCCCAUCAAGAAUAUGCGGGAGAACACGGAGGAGUGCCGCCAGCGGGUGCCGCAGACCCUCAAGCACUGCCUGAUGAAAACCAACAUGGAGGAGCUGUUCCAGGAUGCCUGCUCUUGGGACGUCAGCCACCGUGCAAGCACUUGCACCAGCGUCAAUGCCAUGGCGGCCUUCUGCACUCACCAUGGCUACUGGGUCGACAACCUGCACUGCGACCAUUGCCUGAACUCGCCAGAAGCACAAGGCCAGAAGACCUUUCGCGUCAAGUCUGGGCCUCUCCUCGAAGUGGUCGUGCUCUUGGCCGAGAGUUCAUUCGAUCCUCGGGUGGCCACCUUGGUGCUUGCCGGCACUCAGAAGCUGGUGGAUGCCGUGGACGCGUCGUUCAAGGCACAUGGUCACAACACCAAGUACGCCUUUGUGCUCAGUGGUGGUGGCCACGGUCACCACUACCGGAGCCCUCACCUGCGCACAACAGCCAAGGAUGUCUUUGUGUCGCACACUGAGGCUGCUGGCAAGCUCCUGAGGAGUGUGGGCCAGAGCAGCAAGAUGGCAGCCGCUGACCUUGCACUCACCCUUGACUAUGCCCUGGACACCGUGCCUUUCAGCACUGAAGCAGCGAGGGUGGUUCUGGCCAUUUCUGCUGGUGACUUCAAUAGCUCACGAAGCGAGCUAGACAUGCUUCACGACAAGGUGCUGUCCUCUGGUGUCACCCUGUACACCUUCUCCGACUACCCAACUGUGGACCAGCGAGGCCGUGUGUAUGGAUUGCGUGCUGACGGGCUCGUCUUUCCAGAGAGCUCGGCUGGCGAGGAGUACCUCGAUUACCCGUCUAGGGCUGGCCUGCUCGCUAAACUUGCUGCUGCCACCAGAGGAUCUGCUUUUCAGGUCCAGUUUGUUGAGGCUGGCUUGCCUGCCGAGUUCUUCAGCGUGGUGGCCGAGGAAAUCUUUGCCAAGGUUGGCAAGGAAGCCAGGGGCUGCAGAGAGUGUGAAUGCGACCGGGGUCGUGCGUGGAGCCCCGUAGCUCGGUGCAGGCCAGUCGGCUGCUGAGCCACUCUCUGCUGCCUUCAGAUGUGCCAAGCAAGUUCAAGCAACAGUUGUAACUUGGGGUAGCAUUUGUUUUUACCACCAAAGCUGUCGGUAAAAAAAAAGUGGUGUCUACACAGUUAUUGGCAUGUCACAGGCCACUCGACAACUUGGAACAGUAGCUUACAGUGACAUAAAAUCUUGACUGCUCAAAGGCCAACUGCAACGAAAUUUCAGAAUGCGUAAAAAGUCUGGUUUAAGAUAGUGUGCAUUAACGCAAGCUCUUGGGCAAGUUGGUGCAUGAUGAAAUUGAAAAAAGGGGGGUACCAGCGAAACACAAAGGACAUGCACACAAGGAAAAGGAGUUACACACGGACGGACGCUGGGCUUUCAACUGUACUUUAUUGGAAUUCACAUUGUCGCACAUAACCUCCGACGCAUGCGUAUUUUCGACGCCUCCCAAGACAACCGACACAUGCGUAACUUGUACUCCUCCCAAGACCCAUGCAUUAGUGUCAGUUUUUUAAAUCAUCUUUUACCUACCCGAUAUGCAAGCAUGUUCCUUGUUGCUUAAACACAAAGAUGUGUUUAUGUCUUUCUGUGAUACAUCUCUGUGCUUAACCAACAAGGAACAUGCUUACCUAUCGGGUAGGUAAAAGAUUAUUAAAAAAACUGACAUUGAUGCACGAGUCUUGGGAGGAGUAGAAGUUGCACACGUGUCGGCUGUUUUUGUGCGGCAAUGUACAUUCGAGGUGUUAUCGAUGCACAUGUCUUGGGAGGAGUCGAAGAUGCUCAUGCAUUGUAGGUUAUGUGCAACAAUGUGAAUUCCAAUAAAGUACAGUUGAAAGUCCAGCAUCCGUCCGUGUGUAACGCCUUUUCCUUGUGUGCAUGUCCUUUGUGUUUCAACGGUGCCCCCCUUUUUCAGGCUCACAAUGUGCGUAUAGAGGAGCCUCAGCGCAAAAUUUGUAGUUUGAAGUACGAAUGAAAGCAUUACAAAAAGGCUAUAGCAAAUAGCUGUUUUUAAUACCGAAGCUGGAAAGAGAAUGCUGCCAUUACUGCUCACCGGAAGUGACACAUAAAUAGAGAGCAUGCAGCUCCUUGGCAUGAUUGCCCAAAUAACGUGGCUGCCUGGGGUGUGUUGUUGAAAAAUCAUAGAGGCGGUGCACUGGAAUUUAUGUAGUUGUGACGAACACCAUGUGCACGAGCAAUCUGCUUAGGUGCUGUUUAAAGGCUGCUAACAAGAAAACUAUACAUUACCAGCCCUGUGACUGCCAAGAUGGCAUACACUACUUGUAUGUAACAAAUUUAGCCAAAGCGAUAUUCCAUUGCAGUUGGCCUUUAAGCAGGGCUACUUACUCUGUCCAGAUCGGUACACUGUUACCCUGUAAGUUUGGUUUCUCCAAAUAAACAAGUGCUGUUCAUAGAUCACAGAGUGACAAUUGUGUCUGCAAAAUAUCUCUGUAUGCUGUUAAAACAGACUCAAUUUCAAGUAGAAGCAUGUGUGCCCUUAUUUUGGGAGUAGCAGUCUCCUUGUCAGAAAAAAUAAUGACAUCACGGGUUCCACGGGCAACUUCGGAGGUACGGACACAGUGUCACUGGCGCAAAUAGCCACCAGCAAUGCGAAUGCAGGCAAUCUUCUCUAUAGCGAAUGUGGAUGUAAUGAAUUUCACACAUAACAAAGUAAAUUUAAAAUGCUUCUCGUUCGUGUGAAUGAGGGUGGCAAUGUGGGCUUGCUGGUCAGUCAUACUGAAAUGAGACAGUGUUGCACAUAGACACAAUAAGGAAUGACACACGAACGUGAUUUGGUCCCAUGGUUUUCCUGCAUCCCACUGCAAAACUGCUCCUUUCGGUUCAAAGAAAUGCUGUGCUCCGUUUCACACAUGGCAAGCAUUGCUACGAUGGCUUGAGUGACUUCUCUCACUGCUAGCAUCCGCAACCAAAAAAAAACUUGUGCCUCACGUAUGAAAAAGGUAUUACCGUAUUUACUCGAAUCUAAUGUGCACUUCUUUUCUGAUAAAACGGGUCCGAAAAUUGAGUGAGCAUUCGAAUAGAGUACGACUGUAAAUCUGCAUUACCAUAUCGCCAUCAGCAUUUCAAAAUGGCCGCCUCAUACACACUUCGAGUCUAGUUGCCGUAGCUUUCUCCGUGUGCUGUAUGUAGUAUGUGUGCUUAGGCGAUGCUUCCUUUGGCGUAGGUUAGUCCACCGCCUGUCUUCCCGUUUUCCGCGUUUGCUCUAUCAGCAUGGAAGUGCCGAUUGCAAAGACAUGCUGAGUUCAUCACAAUGCCACAAGUAAAAGGAAAGCGAUCACGUGUGCGGAGACAGACAGAAAUUGGGCCGCAUCACAGGCGUUCGGAGUUCUCUAAACUUGCGUGCGGGACUGGCGCAAACAGGAGAGGCAUUCUACACCAGCGGCUGCUACGUAUGGCGCGGCCGCAUGGCUCCUAUCUUGAAAGCCAUCUGUAAUGGAGACAAGAGUCUACGCAUCUAGGCGCACCGCGCUGUGUUCUCAUCGCUUAGUUUGCUUCGAAGUGAGAGGCCGCACAAAGGUCAAUUCCCUCACUCCUGCUACUGCACUUCCUCACUCCAGCAUUUAAACAGUUUCCGCGGUUAUUGAGUGAGACAUGUUCAUGUUUGCUUGUGCGCGCGUGACACCAUGCUUGUUAAUUUAAUUAGUAAGCAAAUGUUUAAAAGUUUAUACAGCCGAUAAAGAUGUGAUCCUUACUUUUCGUAUAGCUGUCUACUAAUUUGCUAUUGUAAUCGAUGCUUUGCCUUUCGGGCAAAACUGUGACUUUUUUUAUUUAUUGCAACUUUAGUGCAUUGGGAGUAAAUCUUGUUUUUUCCAAAUGAGAGAAAGUUGUAUUUUUGUAUGAAAGAAUGAGGUGUGCAGUACUGUAGAGGACUUUUCUUUCUUUUUAGGUCAUGGCAAACAGGUGUGUGUUACAAUCGAAGGCAUUUCCCCCCCCUUUUGGGGGGUCACGGAAAACGGGUGCGCGUUACAAUCGAGGGCUCAUUAGAAUCAAGUAAAUAUGGUAGGUACGCACCAUGUAAUUCGAUGUUACUCUGUGGCUCGUACUUUUAUGUAGCAAAAUAUGAUGUGUUUAUUACAUUAAAGGCGUAGGCGAUCUAUUAAAUCUAUGUACCACCAAACGAGUGGGGUAUCAUGUUACCUACUGAAAGCACAGAUAUUCACAAGCAAUGUGUGAUUUGAUGUAAGGUUGCAUCCACAAGUAGCACUUGUAAUGUAUGACGUAGUUAUUUCGUAGAAAACAAUGCAGAUCAAGAACUGCACUUCAAAGUGUGUGGAGUGAGACAUCUAUGGCCACACUAAUUGCGUAGUUUCCACAGUGUCACCUGCUGUAUCUUUGAAAUGGAGUAGAGUCAAUGUAAAAGCAAACUCUGAGUUGAUAAGCUUAAUCAUCGAAGCACAGCAUAUAUCUACUCUUUCACUGACCAAUGCAUCAGAAAAGGUUUCAUAUCAUUGCCAGUUAAGGGACUUGAAUACCUAUGCAUGUCAGGAUAAGUAUAUGUCAUAUGAGAUGUGUCGCAGCAGCUUGCGAUUUUCUCCAGUUUUAUAAAUUUCUAGAAAUGUUUUUCUUUUUCUCUUUUGCGUUUGGUACCUUUACUCGAAAUGUCUGUUGACAUGUGGUUUGUGAGACACGUGACUGGGGGUAAGUACAGCUGGUCGAGAAAUAAAUAUUUCAUUGCUGAAAGUAA